AUGACCCUUGCCUUGGAAAAAGGAAAAUUGAAAGGAGCUGAACAAGGAUAUUCGUUGCUUAAAAGAAAGUCUGAAGCUUUGACAAAACGGUUCAGGGAUAUUACUAAGAGAAUUAAUGAUGCCAAAAGAAAGAUGGGAAGAGUGCUACAAACGGCAGCAUUCUCUCUUGCAGAAGUUUCCUAUGCCGUUGGUGGAAAUAUUGGCUACCAAGUCCAGGAAUCUGUGAGUGGAAAAGCCAGGUUUAAAGUCAAAGCAAGACAGGAGAAUGUUUCUGGUGUUUAUCUACCGCAAUUUGAGACGGAGAUUGACGAGUCGAUUAAUGAUUUCAAGAUGGCCGGAUUGGGAAGAGGAGGUCAGCAGGUUCAGAGAGCCAGGGAGGUUUACACAAAGGCUGUGGAAACGUUAGUGGACUUGGCUUCUUUGCAAACAGCGUUUGUAAUUCUUGAUGAAGUCAUCAAAGUGACAAACAGGAGAGUCAAUGCCAUCGAGCACGUGAUUAUUCCACGGACGGAGAACACGAUUGCAUACAUCAACUCCGAGUUGGAUGAGGUGGACAGGGAAGAAUUUUACCGGUUGAAAAAAGUCCAGGAGAAGAAACAGCAAGCUAUAGUUGUUGAAGAAGCGGAAGAUGCUGCGAGAAAGGCCAAGAUUAAGGAAGCCAAGAGAAAGAGAAAAGAGGCAAAGAAGCAGGCUGCGAAAAAGGCUGCGGAGGAGAAAGCUGCAAAGUUAAGAGCUGCUGAAAAGAAGAUUGCUGAGCAAAAAGCUGCUGAGAAGAAGAUCGCUGAACAAAAAGCUGCUGAGAAAAAGGUCGCCGAACAGAAAGCUGCCGCGCAAAAAGAUGCUGACGAGAAUGCUGCCAAGGAUAGUUCUGCAAACGAGAAUUCUGAGAGAGAAGAAAAAGUGGAGGCUGAAAAGACUGAUGAGAAGAUUGAGGAUGAAACAGCAAAUGAGACGGUUGACGAUAAAGAGGUUCAGGAUGAAAAUGUUGAGGCCGAAGAUAAUGAAGAGGAAGUGGUCGAUGAAAGUGCAGAGCAAACUGUGGAAAGUAGUGAUGAUUCAGGUGAAGACGAAGAAAGUACCAAAAACCUCAUCCAGGAAACGGAGGAUGACGUCAUAUUUUAG